CCCUCCUUUUUUUUUUUAGGUGUCUUCAUAAAAUGCCCGCCGAGAGCCUCCUGUCCCCUCCCCCCCGCUCCAAGAUGGCGUCGAUGCGGGAGAGCGACACCGGCCUGUGGCUGCACAACAAGCUGGGCUCGGCGGACGAGCUGUGGGCGCCGCCCAGCAUCGCCUCGCUGCUCACGGCCUCGGUGGUGGACAACAUCCGCCUCUGCUUCCACGGCCUCUCGUCGCCCGUCAAGCUCAAGCUCCUGCUGGGGAUGCUGCACCUGCCCCGCCGCGCGGUGGACGAGAUGAAAAAUGCACUGACAGAAAUCAUCCAGCUUGCGACCUUGGAUCCGGACCCCUGGGUCUUAAUGGUGGCCGAUAUCUUAAAAUCCUUUCCCGAUAUAGGUUCCCUGAACCUUGAUCUGGAAGAGCAGAAUCCCAAUGUUCAGGAUAUUUUAGGAGAACUGCGAGAAAAAGUGAGUGAAUGUGAAUCAUCCGCUAUGCUGCCACUGGAGUGCCAGUACUUAAAUAAGAACGCCUUGACCACAUUAGCUGGACCACUUACUCCUCCCGUGAAGCACUUCCAGCUGAAACGUAAACCAAAAAGCGCUACUCUCCGAGCAGAGCUGCUGCAGAAGUCUACUGAAACCGCACAGCAGCUCAAGAAGACAGCUGGAGUGCCUUUCCAUGCCAAAGGAAGAGGGCUAGUCAAAAAGAUCGAUACAACAACUCCACUCAAAGGGAUACCUAAACAAGCACCUUUCAGGAAUCCCACUACCCCAAGCGUAUUUAGCCCUGCUGGAAACAGAACUCCAAUUCCACCCUCGAGAACUCCUCUGCGGAAAGAGAGAGGAGUAAAGUUACUAGACAUCUCGGAGCUGGAUAUGGUUGGUGCUGGCCGGGAAGCCAAAAGGAGAAGAAAGACCUUAGAUACAGAAGUGGUGGAAAAGCAAGCGAAAGAAGAGACAGUCGUCGAAAAUGCUACUCCAGACUAUGCUGCUGGUCUCGUAUCUACUCAGAAAAUUGCCUCUUUGAACAAUGACCCUGCCCUAGCUUCUACGAGCUAUCUUCCUGCAGCACCCAGUGUCGUUCCAUCAUCUUCUUAUGUUCCAAGUUCCGACACCACGCAGCCAGCUGGCUCCGUCCGGGAACCCUUGCAAGCGAAAGAAGAGCCUGCGGCGCCCCCUGGCACUGCUGUCCCGACUCAGUUUAAGCAAAGGACACCCAUGUAUAACAGUAACGCAAACACAGCUGCUGCAGCAACACCUACCUCUCCUGUGACUCCUCCCGCCGCCCCUCCGGCAGUGCAGGCGCCACCAGCAGUUCCUCCUCAGCAAGCGCCGCCCAAGAAGAACCUCUCUCUAACAAGGGAACAAAUGUAUGCAGCGCAAGAAAUGUUCAAGACAGCAAACAAAGUCACAAGGCCGGAGAAGGCUCUCAUCCUUGGAUUCAUGGCAGGAUCCAGAGAAAACCCUUGUCAGGAACAGGGCGACAUAAUCCAGAUCAAACUGAGCGAACACACGGAACUGCUGCCUAAGGCUGAUGGCACAGGAAGCACCACGAUGCUGGUGGACACAGUUUUUGAAAUGAACUAUGCCACUGGCCAGUGGACCAGACUGAAGAAAUACAAACCAAUAACUAACGUUUCUUAAACAAUUCGGUAAAUAAAGUGUAGACCAAACAGACCAUAGGAUAAGCCAGCAUUGUACAUAGUGUGUGUUGACUAGGCAGAACAACAUUCCCGUUUAGGCCUAAUUGCAAACCACCCAGAAAACUCGCUGCGAUCAGUUCCGGAAGCAGGAAGAAAAAGAGCAAAACGGCAAUGCUUGUCUUUAUUAUUCUUGUCUAAGAGUCUGGGGGCGGGGUGUGUGUGUGUGUACGAUACAGCCAUCACAACUGAUUGAAGAAGAGCUGAAAUGCUUCUACCAUUAGCAGAAAGAUUUAUGUCUUUGGAGGAAUUGCCUUCCAGUUGAGACCAUUUUUUGCAGCAGCAACGCCUAGUUGACUCUAGGUUCUGUGUUUAAAAAGUGGCACGGCUGCAUUUCUUUUCUUUGGCUUAGGACAUGUUGGAUUCCCCCCCCCCCCCCGGUUGUGAUUGUGGAAAUAUGAAGGGUAACGCUGUUUGUUCAAGCCCAACGACACAGUCGAUUCAUAGGACUGCAUAAUGAACUUACAUGCACCUGUCCUAUAAACAGGCUACAUUUUUUACAUGUAUACAUUUAAAAAAUGUAAAGGGGUUUGUUUUGGUCUGCAGGACUCUUGAUUGCCCCCGGCUCUUUAAAGGUUCAGCUCUGCUUCAGGGUCACUUAACUAAAGUUCUGAGAAAUUGAAGCAUGUUGCUUUUAUGUUGGAACCAGCCCCCUCCCCCCUUUUUGCCCAGCUGGUACCUUUUGGAUCUACCAAAGACUGGCCUUCGAAACGGUGUCUGUGAAUGUCAUGGCAUGGAGUUACUUUGGAACUUUGACAGCAUCCCUGUGUCUCCAUGUUGGAAUGUGUUAAAUACGAGUCACGUUGGCAAUUGGCUGGCUCACCCCUGAUUUUUCCAGGGUUAAUUUAGCUACCGUUGCUGGAGAUGGAUUGAUCAAAGAAUGGCAUCCUUCGGAAUUCCCCCCCCCCCAAAUCCACACGGACGUUACCUGCAGCUUCAUGAGAUCGGAGAGCACCUUUUAGCAGUGGUCCUGUUGCAAAAGACAACUCUUUUCAGUGGGCGAAACGGAGGAGGCUCUGCCUUCAGAGAAGUCUCCUAACUGCUGUGCUUUCGGAACUUGAUCAUUUCAACCGUUUAUGCUUGGACGAUAAUAGAAGGAAUCUUACAACUUGCAUUUCCACAAGAAAUGGUGGGUACAGUUUUUUAAAAAAAAUUAAUAAAGCCGAUGUUGAAGAGAGGCACAGAUGACAGUCGCAAUGUAAGAUACAGGAGAGCUUUGUGUUGGCCCAGGCUGUAAAUUGGAGCAAACAGGAAACUAGAUGCUAGCUUUUAAGUCAGGCUUAUAUUGGCAUUUAUCAAACUGCACCAGAUUGGAGAAUCCACUUAAGAGAAUCUAAAGCUAGGAAAAGAGUCAAGGUCUUAUUUUACAUUAUAUCCUGAUGUAACCAAACUGGUCUUUGGUUUGAUGUUACUUGCCCCGAACUUGGAGGGUGGGAAUGAGUAUUGACAACAGAAUAACCUUUGUUCUGGGAGAAGAAAAAUUGCUCCUCAGCCAAACAAUUAUUAGGGAUCAGUAGCAAAUGUAAGGUUUCAGAAAGGGUUCACAUACAUAUUUAUUUAAUUUUGUAAAUGGCUAAAGCUAGACUAUGAAGUAAUUAUACGGAUUAAAAACAGGAUGGUGGGGGUUUUUUUGGCCAUUUGUUUUGGUUUCAUAGAAAAAACCCAAAACAUAACUAUCAGUUUGGCUAGCCUUUAAUUCAGAAUCUUUUAUACUUUUUAUAUUUUUGAAAUUAGAAGCUAUGAAAAGGUUAGUAUGUUGAGCAUUUUAAAAUGGCAGCUGGCAAGAUGUGUGUAAGAGACCUGAGCUCUAUGCUAGUUUUCUCACAUCUAAAUUUCAGCUAUGAUAGGAAGGCCAAGUGUUUAGGACAUAAGAUUUUUUUAAAAGUUUAGCAGCUAUCACAAACGAUGUGAUUGUUUUAAAAAUGUUAAUUAUUUUGACAUGUUUCUCUUGUUCCUUUUUUGGGGGGGGUCAGUUUUGAGUAUGGCAUGAAUGUUAAAGGCAAAUUAUUCAGAUGGAAAUGUUGUUUAAAACAUUAAGCUACAAGUUACAGGUUUAAUCUUGUAAAGAUUAAAACGAUAUAAACCAAUGGAUCAAAAGUUCUGCAUGCCACGAUAAUUAAACAUCAAGAAUUAAACAUGUGAUUAGACAGUUCUAGAAGUGAGGAUAAAGAAAGCAUUUGAAUGACUGAAUAUUUUGGAAAUAACAGCACAGAUGUUUGAAAUACAGAUGCAGAUGUGUGCCAGGGCAAACAAUGAGUAACAGUAAACAAAGCACACACUAGUUUCAACACGCUAGCAUAUUGUAUUAGCCACAAUAUGCCACACAUCUUGGCAAAUAGAAGUUUGCAUUCCCUUUUCUGAUGUUUAGUUCAUUAGUGGGUACAAAAAUGCUUACUGGGGGGUCUGGUGAUGUUUAAAUUUGCAGGAAGGAAGCUAGAAGUGAAACUACAGAUGGUAAACACCACCAGUUGAGGGGCUUAAGUGGCAAUAUGCUCUGGAAAGAGAUUUUUUUUGUGUGUGUGAAACCUCCCAUCUUUUGUAGCCUAUUGACAUAAGUAGCCAAAGCUGAACAGCUUGUUUUGUGGUAGGAAGAAGCCAGUUCAUGUUACAAUGUGAAGGUAGGUAGGGGUGUCUCCAAAGGGCCAAUCUCGAUAACCUGCUUUUUUACAUGUAAUAACCAUUCCCACUUCUUUUUUGUCACCCAUCAUUAACGUGGGGGGGGGGGACUUCUCUGCAGUUUCAAAAUAAUAUAUGAACCCUCUCUUCAGGGAGAGAAAUUGUACCUAUGUACAAAGGGGGAGAUCUACAAUAGGCAAAUGCAAUCUAAAAUGUGCGAUCCAAUUGUGAUGCGACAAAGAUCACCGCUGCCAGACAUAGCAAGACAAAGAUGCCACUCCUUUCAUGCCUACAAUUCGCUGGAUCUCCAGUCUGAAUCUGAUGAAAGAAGCCCGAUGCGAAUGGCUGUAACAAAGUUUCAGUUUCUUUUUGCCCAGUUAUCAGGAGCAAUUGAAACCCACCAGUUCCAUUGACAAAGCUUUAAUGCAGACCUUAACCCUAAAGGGUUAGCUACACUUUGAAAAAUGCAGCCGUGGCUCUUGCCUUUGGUAACCAUACAACUCUCUCCCCAUGGAUCAUGUUGAAGUGACACUUGCCAAACUUAUCAAAGGUACUUUGAUACUGUAGCCUGGAAUUGCAUUUUCACAGCGAAAUAUGAAAUCGGAGAAAUGUUUGAAGACCAGGCAAAAGUUUUUAAGUCAGAGCCCUCUGGGUAACUGGUACCUUUAUAACAAGCAAUGUUUUGUAAAAUGUUGCAUGCGUUUUCUAAUCUAUUUUGUGUUUGUACAGAUGUAAAUUCAAAACCUCAUGUCCUUGGGUACAUAUUUUCAGCAUAAUAUAGUAUGUAUAAUAAAGUUCAGAUUUUUCUAAUAA